GAUUCCACCAUCCUUCGUGCGAAGGAUGCGCGCAUUUCAUCCAGCGAUCGUUUGACAGAAUCUGCAGCAACAAGCCGGGGGCCCCCGUCCCCUUUCGACAGUGGGAGCAGUGCGUGUGGUUGUGGAUUUGGCGAGCCCCCAAAGCAACGACCCCCGGUGUCGUUGACAACCACGUCAUCGUUUGGGUCACAUCUAUCGGAAGGAGCCGCAUGGACUGAUCUUUCCACCUUUCAACCACCUGUCACGAUAGCCUGUGCAGCCCUGGUCAUUGCAAUUGCCACGAGUGCCGUACGUUCCGAGUACGGUCCUCGACGCAGUUCCCGACCUCAUACCCUCAAGCAUCUACGAUGAAGCCAGCCAUCGUCGCUUCCUUCACUUACCUCGUUCGCGACCACCACCGACAACUGUCUCCGUGCUCGAAGCGCGUGAAACGACACCCCACGAACCGAUGUUUGCCUCGCGCUCGACAUGUGCAUCGGGUGCAUUGGACCCCCCAACAAUUGGUAUCAUAUCGUUGUGGUUGUAGUGGCUUAUUCGAAUAGUGCGGGGCGAAAACGAAUCGUCUCAGGGGCUUGUCGUGGGCAUUCCCGCGUAGGCUUUAUCCGCGUGCUAGGCCCCCCGGGCCCGUCUACAGCUACAGCUUUGGUCCGAUGACGCCCUUCCAGCGUUCGCUCGAUGGACUUUGCCUGACAUGGACUUACACUCCGUUUUUUCCAUGACAUGCAUUCUGCAAAGAUUUGAUUGUGCGUGCGAUGACCACGAGCGCUUCGGCCAUGGCACUCUUGGCACGUCCGCUGCUCAAACGGCCAGCACCAACACCAUUCAACAUCCUUCUUUGUGCCUUACGAAGAUACCAGAUCACCGCCGGAUGCAUCGUGUCCUUGUUUCUGGCCGGAUGGAUCGUUGCCAUGUCCUCCGCAACCGCUCCGUCCAGGCAUCGCACGACCGUCCCACCGACCACCGAGGCGUACUGCGACCCCAGUGUGCACCACGAGUUUGGCUACAUCAAGCUGCCACACAAGGUGAACGACCACUACUUCUACUCGUUCUUCGAGUCGCGCAACGAUCCCGCCAACGACCCACUCGUGCUGUGGCUCGAAGGCGGCCCUGGGUCGUCCUCGACCUGGACGCUGUUCAACAUGAACGGCCCGUGCUUCAUCGGCGACGACCUGAACUCGACCGUGCCAAACCCGCACUCGUGGACCAACCACGCGAACGUGAUCUGGCUCGAUCAGCCCACGGGCGUCGGAUUCUCGUACGGAGACGCUCAAGACGACGACCAGACGGAGGACGACGUUGGUCGCAACGUGUUCGAGUUCUUGCGGGGGUGGUUGAAGGCGCAUCCGUCGUAUGCAUCGCGGCCGUUCUUCGUGACGGGACAGAGCUACGGGGGCCACUACGUCCCCGCCGUCGCGCACUACAUCGUGACCCACCAGACGUCUUCUCCAUCAAACGAUGCGUUCUGGAUUAAUUUGCAAGGGAUUGCGAUCGGCAAUGGUUUCACCGACGCACCAAUUCAAGGUCCCAUGGUGGUGGAGAUGGUCGAGUCCGUGCAGCGCCAGUACAACAUCACGCUUGUCUCGUCGGGCGAGAUGGUUGAAUUGCGUCAACACGCCCGCGUCGUCGCGCGCUUACUGGAAGCAUGCCAGCUCCCGAAUGAAACACAAGCGUGCUUGGACGCCAUGGACUUGCGCGACAUGCAUCUCGUGACCCCCAUGGUCUCGAAUCCUUCCCGCAACCCGUACGACGUUCGCGAACUGUGCAGUCCGAAUUGCACAGACGUUGGGAUGGCCAAGACUGGCAAGUACUUGAAUCAGCCGUGGAUUCAAGCUCGUUUGGGUGUCCACAAAACGUAUGAGUGGAGCAACGACACCGUGUACGACAUGUUUGCGGUCGACAUUGGCAAAUCCGCCAUGCAUUUCAUCCCACGCGUGCUCGAGAGCGGCGUGCGCGUGUUGCUGUACGUGGGGGAUGCUGACCUGAUGUGCGACUGGAAAGGCAACGACGCGUGGACGAAGGCGAUGAAAUGGCCCGGCCAAGCUGCGUACAAUGCGGCGCCGGUUCGAGAUCUCGUGGUCAAUGCCAAGCCAGUGGGCCAAAUGCAAUCGGCUCAGAACCUGACCUUUGUUCGAGUGUUUGAGGCAGGCCAUGGCGUGCCCAUCGACCAGCCACUCGUCGGUCUCGCGCUCAUUCAUCGUUUUUUCAAUCAUGGCGCGAUGGACAUAGCCACUGGAACUCGCCCCAUCGAGACAAUUGAGGAUCCAGUUGUCGCAGGAUAAUAUACUAAAAGAAUAGACAAACGGUAGCAAAAAUGAUACAAGAUUUAACAUAAAAGAAUGCAAUGUGGAA